CCAACUCUUCGCUGACGACAGUCUGCAUUUGAAGCUGAAACGCGCUUGACGGUUGCAACUUUCGCGCUUUCUUCUCAUAGAAAAAGUUGACUUAAUUAUUCUAGUGAGAAGUGAAAGAGUUUGAAAAGACUCAAAAUGCAGUGAACCUAGUGUCUAUUUAAGAAAAACAAAUGAUUGUUAAAAAAACGUAUUACUAAAAUGAAACUAAAAUUCAAAUAACAAAAGUUCUUACUUUUCAAAACCAGUGUCUUUGAAUUUUCAUCGAGCGACGUACUGUUAGUUUUUGUGUUCCGAAAAUUUUUGUGUUUUCAAAUUUCAAAUAUUUAGCAAUUUCAAAAUUUCCAGUCACAAUAUUUUACAGCAAAAAAUAUAUGCUUAUAAAAACUGAACUCUAUCAAUUUAUAAUUGCCAAAUUAUAAAAACGAUUUGGUGCAAAUUGCGAAUUACCGUAAACAAUAUUAUUGCUCAGCUGUUGAACGCCGUUAUUGGAAAGGAUUUUCACUUUCACACGUAGUGUACGAGUACGAGAAAACGGAAUAUAUACGAAUUAAAUUCAAACGGAAAAGUAAAGAAAAUCAAACGCUGUGCUGUAAACCACACACGCGCAACUCGCAACAUUAGCCGGUCACUUUUAGUCGCGCGAAACGAGUUCGGACAUAAGUUAAAGCUUAAGUGCGCGUAAGCCACACAAAACGAAAUUUUUGAAGCACUGCACUUGAACUGAAUUGUGCCACCUUGCCACGAGCCGUUGUGGCAACACUCGCCGAAUCGAAUUAGUUCAAGGCUGUCGUGAUAAGCGACCAGCAGUGGCGGAAAACCGACGCCCAAAUAAUAACACAAUAUUUUUCGUAAAGCAAGAAAAGCAAUCGCACAGCGCAAUGCAAGUAAUGGAAAUCUCAUCGAAAGACAUGGAAGUCUGUUCCAAUUCCAUAUCUGAUUUGAAGGUGGACGCAUCCUUUCGAAAAAUUGCAAAAAAUGCAAUUUGCUUCCAUAUCUGGAAAAUCGAAGAGGAUCGCUUGGAAGCCGAGCCCAAAGGACAGUAUGGAAAUUUCAUCGACGACUGUGCGUAUAUUAUUUACGCAGCUGCGCCGAAAGGGAGCUACGUCAAUCAGGAUACUAUAACACGUGAAACAAAGUCCGGUACAUAUCUAGAACGCUUCAUACACUUCUGGCUGGGCGAGAAGGUUUCCGAACAGAAGCGUUCUAAUGUCGCACAUAAAAUUCAAGAACUCGAUUCCUACUUCAACAAUGUAGCUACCGAAUAUCGUGAGACGCAGGGAAACGAGAGUGCGCGUUUUUUGUCCUAUUUCAAAAAAGGCUUUACCAUCCUUUCGAGCAAUUUGAUUGGUUCUAAGAGUAGCAAUCGCCUCUAUCAACUGCAUGGACGCAAAUGGUUGCGUUGUAUUGAAAUGGACAGUAUCUCAUGGGACUACUUCGGUUCCGACUAUAUUAUGCUGUUGAAAACGGAAACAAACACUUUCGUUUGGAUCGGUCGUUCGAGUAGCACGGGCGAAAGGCGCAGUGCGCUUGAUUGGGUUAUAAAGCUUGGUGUGAACGCCUCCAGUGUAAUUGUUGUGGACGACGGUUAUGAGCAGUCGUUGCCUGAAAAGCUAAAAAAUCAGUGGAAUUCUUUUCUACCGCUAAGUCAGCGCGUCGUCAGUCAAGUUUCAGCAACACCAGACAGACAGCAGCAUAACAAAAUCAAGAUAUAUAAAUGUGGUUAUAGGGGUACGCGUUUACACUUGGAUCAGCUGGAUGUGGUCAUACCGACCAAAGAAGACCUGAGUGACACGAGCACAGCUUAUGUUUUGGAUGGGAAUUGGCAAGGUGUGUGGCUCUGGGUUGGAAAUAUGGCGCCGCAUCAGGAUAAAAUAAGCGCCAUGGGUAAUGGUCGUGCCUUUGUAAAAAAGAAAAAGUACCCUUAUUCGACGCCCGUUAUACGUGUCGUGCAAGGCCAUGAGCCAGUAGAAUUCAUACGUCUAUUUCCAAACUGGCACCAAGAUGCUACUGAGUCAAUAAUGACCACCAAACCGGUCUCGACCAUAUUUAAGCGUUUCGACGCGCUCACACUCAGCCAACGUCCGAAGAUGGCGGCAGACACGCAACUAAUUGAUGACGGUACCGGUGAUCGGAAGAUCUAUCAUGUAACCAAAGAUCAAAUUAUGGAGAAACCACAUUCAAAGACAGUUACAUUUAUCACAAAUCAUUGUUAUGUCGUUGAAUAUACAGUUAUGCUCCCGACAGCAAGUCUCGCUGAUGCGCAAAAUGUGGGCGUCAGCACUAUUAUCUAUCAGUGGAAUGGCUCUGAAGCGAAUGCUGAUGACAUAGCCAACAGCGAACGUUUCGCUUUGAGUACUUUCGAGAAGCUCCAGAAGAAAGCUAUGUUCGUACAAAUGAGUGAAUAUGAUGAGACUCCGCAUUUUCUACAGAUUUUCGAUGGCAAGCUAAUUAUACUUCAAAGCGAGAGAACUAUGUCGCAUCACAACAACAACAUUAACUAUAUUAACAACGAGUUGUCGUUAAUGAAUAGGGACUAUUUCGUGUUGCGUGUCUACGGCGAUACUAGUUACAAUGCAAAAGCUACGGAAGUAUACCCUUUGAACACGAUGAGUGGCAAAGAGUGUUAUGUGGUGAAGACAAGUCACGUUUGGGUGUGGUGUGGACAAAGCUCGACGGGUGAUGCACGUGAAAUGGCAAAGAAUAUUGGCAGCCUGCUGGGCGAAUGCUCGCUGGUGGUGGAGGGCAAGGAGCCCAAGGAAUUUUGGCGUUCUCUUACAACAUAUAUGUCACAGCCACUAAUCAAUGGGAGCAUUAGUUCGGGCAGUAGUAACGGAAGUAGCACAUCGCCACUGAAUGGCUCUUUUCUGUGCAACAAUAACAACAAUACUACUAAGUUGCGUCUACAACCACAACUCUUUUUGGCCUGGUUGCAGCGUGGUAAAUUCUUUAUGAAGGAAGUCAUUGGUUACGAACAAAUGGACCUUUCACCCGAAUCUAUAUAUGUGCUGGACACAGGUCUACUUUCAUACCUUUGGCUGGGCAAACAGGCGUCUAUAUAUGAAAAGGAUAAGUAUAUGAAGAUGGCUCAGCUCUAUCUGGAGUCGGUGCCUAUAGCGCGCCGGCCCACUACGGCGGUGGCUGUAAUUCGACAAGAUGACGAGCCUAACACUUUUAAAGGUCUAUUCCAGAAUUGGGAUCACAAUCUGUGGAACAAUUAUGUGUGCUACGAACUCAAGCGGCAAGCUUUUAUGAAACAUGGAAGUACACCAAAUACUAAUGGCACAAUUACAAAUGGUAUAAACGGCAAUGGCAUAAUACCAUCAGUGUUGAAAAAUCACCAGAAAGACUUCGACCUUCAUCACAAAUAUCCGAUAGUCACGUUGCAGCAGGAAACCGAUCUAUUGCCGCCGGAGGUGAAUCCACUAAAGCGAGAGGUUCACUUAACACAUGAUGACUUCGUCUCUCUUUUCAACAUGUCCUUCUGGGAAUUCGAUGAGCUCCCCGUAUGGAAGAAACAGGAAUUGAAGAAGAAAUAUAAACUUUUUUAGGCAAUAUGCAAUAUCUUUAUAUACUUAAAAACCUUUUGAGUUGUUGUUGUAGUCGAUGAGAAUCGAUAUGUACCCAAUAAUAGUAUUGAAUUGAAGAAAACAUAAACAAUUAAGUUUGCAUACAUAUAACUUACGUUAUAUGUAUAUAUAAUUAAUUAUAAAUGUCAAUAUAUUUACAAAUUGAAUUUUUGUAGUACUGAAUUAUAUGUACAUAUACUAUAAACAAAUGUACAUGUACAUAUGUUUUUAUGGAAUAAAUUUGUCGCUUGAAAUAUGUAAUUA